AUCUUUGGCCUAAUUUAAUCACUGGUAAAUAGAGAGCCGCGCGAACAAGAGAUGCUCCGUUUUUAUUUGUUGCAUUUCAUCGUCCUCACCACCGUCCUGGCCGAAGACCAAAAACAAACAAACCAAUCACAGCCGCGAGUUGUAGAAGAGUUUCAAGCAGAGCUGACGAAAAAUGUCAAAGAGACAAAUCAGAAGCUGGACCGAUUGAUGAGACUUGUCUAUGACCAGGCGGUGGAGAUAAGAAAUUUGGCAGAGAAUGAAAACGUGGAGCAGAAGAAAAAGUUUGAUGCAACUAACCUGAGGCUGGAAAAUUUGUCACAAAUUUCCGACGAGCGUUACAAUCAGACUGUGCUGGCUGCAGAAAAUUUUAAUAAAAAAUUGAUGGAUUUGGCUCAGAGGAAUCAGCAAGAGUUUGAGAACAUCAAAUUCUUCUUAAGGUGUCCUGGUAGAUUAGCUAAUUUGACGACGCUGUCCAAUGGAAAAAAGUACUUAUUUUCGUACCCAACUUAUUAUGGAAACUGGAAUUUUGCAAAAGAGACUUGCAGUAAAAACGGUCUCCAAUUGGCCACAAUCAGAAAUUUAGUAGACGCACAUGUGGUGGUGGCGGAGAUUAAGAAAAAUUACGGCGGGCACGGUUGCUGGGUUUCAGCAAAAAAUUCGGGAAUUGGAGGUCGAAAGGAAUUUCGGUGGCACGACGGAACCAAAUUAGAAUUGUCCAGUCCGUUGUGGACGGGCGGAGUGGCGAAGAACGACGAGUGCGUUUUCAUCUAUGAUUAUAGCAGUGAGGGAAAAUUGAACUGCAAUGAAUGCACUACUUAUUAUUAUUUUAUUUGCGAGCUUCCAAGCGAAUGCUACUGAUGUUGAGCGGCUUGGAAUUUGUAUGUGAAAAUCUUUUUUCAAAUAUUAAUUCAGCAGUGUAUCUUUCAUGGCUUUCUGUUUGUUGUCAGAUGAAAAAGAUGUAAACAUUUUUCUUUUUUUUUAAAUGCCCAUUGACCUUACAUUUAACACUUACAAAGAAGCAAUAAAUUUUAUAGUAGUAGAUUAAUGUG